UGAUAAAAUUUGUGUUGUUCUAAAUCAUCUUUACUUUAUUCUUUCUUGAUUUAUAAUGUAUGAAAAAGUCAAAAAACUACAUACAUAUAUUGUAUAUAGAACAACCAUAUAAGAUUUUGAAGUGAUCUCAGGACAUGUUAUUCUUCACUUUGCUUGGUAUUUAGAACUUCCAAGGGCAGUCAAACUCCAAGUGUGUCUGCGAGCAGAAUGAUCCCGCAGAAAGGGGUAGUUCAGUCUUUCCAGAUCUGUCGUCUAGAGGCUCUUUACAUGGUGAUCAUUUUGCGGGCCACGAGGGAUGGGACGAGGUUGGUUCUCUGGGAAUCUGGGAUAUGGUGCAGAGCUGAGAACACGGAGAUCAUACAGACCUCAUAGAGGAGGGGGAGGAGGAGCUGAGCUAUCCCAGUUCUCAAAUUCAAUGACAGCUAGUUGUGGUAGUUCUAGAUUUCAUCUCACCAAAGAUGGUGGCAUCCAAUCACAUUGGCCCAAUAAGCAGUUUGGAACAAAAUAUAACCCGUUAAAUGAUCCAGAGUCUUCUCAUUCUUUGCUUGGGAUAAGAGGAAACCACGGCUCCAAAGAGGACACACAUCCCCCUAGAAAGGAGUAUACAAUGAUGGAGCGUGGUAGACAUUCUGUAGAUGUGGGUAAUCUCCAACGCAACCGCAAGAGGGAGAUUGCGUCGACUCGAUCUACUUCACGCAAAGGCAAAGGUAAAGCACGGGCCGAGUCUUGUUUUCAAAGUCGAGAUGAUUUUGAAACGGAUUACCAACGGCGAGAUGAUAUGAUGAUGUCCGACGACCAACUACAAAACCUAUUGUCCCAAAAUGAUCCACGCUUUGCACAAGAACAACAAUUCCCGACAACCAUUGAUGAAGAGGAGCUCGAGGAUGACGGUGUGGAGGAGGACGCGGGGGGCGACGGGACUCACGGCACCCCGGAUGAUGAGCAAGAGUUGGAGGACGAGGGCGGUUCAACCCAAAUUGGUAAGAAAUCUAAAUAUCCUAUUAUUGAAAACAAUUUUACAAAAAGGAAACACAAAAAUACCGAAAAAUGGUACGCAAAUUGCAAUCAUUGCAACAAAGAGUAUAGCUUGGGAACUUCUGGCGAAUACGGGAGUCUCACAAGGCAUCUUAAGUCCGUCCACUUUGUGGAGUAUACGAAAAUAGAAAAAGGCAAGGAGAAGCAAACACAAAUAUCGAGGUUUGCAAAUUUUCAACCCUUUGGUAAUUUCUCCUAUGAUGAUCAAAAACAUUUGACUGGUAUGUCUCAUUUAAUUGUUGAAGAAAAUUUACCCUAUAUUUUGCCGAAAGCCUUGCUUUAAGAGAUUAUGCUCAAGGUACUUUAAAUCCUCAAUUUAGAAAUUAUAGUUGCAAAACGAUUAAAAAGAAGUUAUAAGGCAAUAUAACUUGGAAAAAGAAAAAUUACAAACAUUUUUCGCAAACUUUGAUGGACGUGUUAGUAUUUGUAGCGAUAUAUGGGAGGAUACUUAUCAUCAUUUAUAUUAUUUGGGUCUUACUGCACAUUAUAUUGAUGAUGAUUGGAAUAUGCAUAAACGUGUUCUUGCUUUUCGUGAAUUCAAUGAUCGUCACACUGUUGAUGAUAUUUAUAUUCUCAUUGAGCGUAUUUUAAUUGAGUAUAAUUUGAUUGAUAAGGUAUUUGAUGUAGCUUUUGAUAAUGCUAGUAAUAAUACUGCUGCUAUACCUAGAUUGCGUGAAUUGUGUGGUGCUUCUACAUUGAUGGGUAGGUUUUUUCAUCAACGUUGUGCAUGUCAUAUUCUAAAUUUGUGUGUACAAGAUGGCUUAGCGGCAUUAGGAAAUGCUUUGGAGGUAGUGAAGGGGGGAAUUAAAUUGAUUUGGGCUAGCACUCCACUAAAAAUGCAAUGGCAGCAAUAUUUGAAGGAUAGACGUGUCCAUUAUUGUGUUUUUCCUAAAGAUUUGUCUAUUCGUUGGAAUAGUACUUAUAAUUUAAUUCAAGUACUUAUUAGAUAUAAAGAUCAUUUUCCUGUUUUUUAAGACAAACUUGUAACUAUAUUAUAAACUCGGCUGACAUCGACACUUGUGAAAAAAUUGUUAAUGUUUUGGCAUUUUUUAAUAACGCAACUCAAACUUUUAGUCAUGUUUAUAAACCUACCACAAACGAAUUUUUUGUUGAAGCUGUUAAUCUCACCGGCGCUUUUUGUGAAUUUUCCGAUGCCGCUUACGUUAGUUAUUUUUGUGAUUUCAUGAAACAAAAGUUUUUAAAAUAUUAUUCACAUAUUCCGCAUAUAUAUGGUAUUGCAUUUGUUCUUGAUCCUCGGUAUAUGGUAAUAUGGUAUUACCAUAUUAUGCUUCUUUUUUUCCAACUCAAGAGUUUGAUGAUAAUCCCAUCGACCCUAAACAAGAUUUCAACGAGGUUAGUAAUUUAUUUCAUCAAUUGUAUAAUGAAUUUCAUGCACAAUAUGGUAAUGCACCCCCUCCCAUGCCACGAACAUCUUUUUCAUCUAAAGGAAAAUCACUUUUAAAAUCCACUUUUAGUUCUCUUUUGAAAAAAAGUAGAGCAACUCCCGCUACUGAACAAAGCUCAGGUAACGUACUUUCUUUGUAUCUAACAUUGAAUGUUGAUUAUGAAGUUGGGGAUGACUUUGACGUUCUUAAGUGGUGGAAGGAAAAUGAAAGAACGUUCCCGAUUUUAUCAAAGAUGGUUAAGCAAGUGCUAGCAAUGUCGAUAUCAACCGUUGCCGUGGAACAAGAAUUUAGUGCGGCCGGCAACGUCCUAACCGAUUAUAGAACGAGGUUGAAUCCGGACUCUCUUGAGACGCUAGUUUGCUUCCACAGUUGGUUGAAGGCCCAAUGAAGAACUCAAGAAAUGACCAUCGCUCCCACCCGCCACUUUAUGGAAGAAACAACCGAAAGCGGAGAUUCCGAUUGAUUUUUUAUUACAAAAUGUAUUACAUUUUUUAAAUUCAUCCUAAUUCUCAAUUGUACUUCUUAUUUGAAAUAAAUAUACUUGAAUUAAUUUAUAUUAUUGUGUAC